GCGGGAUUCCGCGAGGCGCGUGAAGCCUCGCUGGCUCCUGGUCCAGGACCCAGACGCUGGCAGGCUUGGAGUUUCUCACGACCGGCCGAGCCAGGCUCUGCUACCUACAUUUCAGAAAGCAUCAACCUUUCUCAAUGGACGCGUUCAUCAAGUGGAAUAUACCUGUUCUAUUUUAAAAAGCUUUGUGCUUAAUCUUGGAAAAAUUUACUCCUUCAAAAUGAAAAUGAGGACAUGUGAGAAGGUGAUUUAAGGUGUGGGCAUUUGAGAAAGUGUCCCGUUAGAUCAAUGAACCAAAGGAUACGAACUGAAUAGAUUAAUCCUAAACAUUUUAAUUUUUAAACUAGGAGGAUUUUGACAGAAAAACAACUCUUAUUCAUUAUGUAUUUUCUGAAAUUAAAAGAGAGCGACAAGAAUAGACUUAAAAUAGGUGAAGAUGUUUAGUAGAUAAACAAUGCCAGCUGUCUUCUGAUGAGGAUAAUUCAGUGAUGUUAAAUCCUUCCCCAAACCCUGGUUGUGGUCCUAACAACAAGACUCUUUUGAUGGGACUGAUAUUAAGGGAAGUGGAACCUUUGGUAUAGUCAACUCAGAGUUGUAGAACUUGCCAUCAUCAGCAUGAGUGGCUUAAAGGAGGAAAUAAAGAAGCUUUCAACUGAAUCCAAAACUACAGUCAUUUUUUUACCGCUGUGAUUUUAAGGCCUCUUCAUAACCAUUGAAAAAGAAUUGACAACUGUUUUAAAAGAUUAAAGAAAGGCAGAUGUCUGCAAACAGCUCUCCUGCAUCAGCUCAGAAGUCCGUAGUGCCUGCCACUCUUCCUGCUGUGCUCCCGGCUCCUUCUCCGUGCUCCAGUCCUAAAACGGGGCUCUCCGCGCGGCUCUCCGAUGGCAGCCUCAGGGCGCCGUCACUCACCAACUCCAGAGGCUCGGUGCACACAGUCUCAUUUCUGCUGCAGAUUGGCCUUACGCGGGAGAGCAUUGCCAUUGAAGCCCAGGAGCUGUCUCUGUCUGCUGUCAAGGACCUUGUCUGCUCCAUUGUGUAUCAAAAGUUUCCAGAGUGUGGAUUCUUUGGCAUGUAUGACAAAAUUCUUCUUUUUCGCCAUGAUAUGAACUCAGAAAAUAUUUUGCAGCUCAUUACCUCAGCAGAUGAAAUACAUGAAGGAGACCUAGUAGAAGUUGUUCUUUCAGCUUUGGCCACAGUAGAAGACUUCCAGAUUCGUCCGCAUACUCUCUAUGUGCAUUCUUACAAAGCACCGACUUUUUGUGAUUACUGUGGUGAGAUGCUUUGGGGAUUGGUACGCCAGGGACUGAAAUGUGAAGGCUGUGGAUUAAAUUAUCAUAAACGAUGUGCCUUCAAGAUUCCAAAUAACUGUAGUGGUGUAAGAAAGAGACGUCUCUCAAAUGUAUCCCUGCCAGGACCUGGCCUCUCAGUUCCAAGACCCCUGCAGACUGAUUAUGUAGCCCUUCCCACUGAAGAGUCACAUGUUCACCAAGAACCUAGUAAGAGAAUUCCUUCUUGGAGUGGUCGCCCAAUCUGGAUGGAAAAAAUGGUCAUGUGCAGGGUGAAAGUCCCACACACGUUUGCUGUUCACUCAUACACCCGUCCCACGAUAUGUCAGUACUGCAAGCGGUUACUGAAAGGCCUCUUUCGCCAGGGAAUGCAGUGUAAAGAUUGUAAAUUCAACUGCCAUAAACGAUGUGCAUCUAAAGUACCAAGAGACUGCCUUGGAGAGGUUACUUUCAAUGGAGAACCAUCUACUUUGGGAACAGAUACAGAUAUACCAAUGGAUGUAGACAGUAGUGACAUGAACAGUGAUGGUAGUCGGGGUUUGGAUGACACAGAAGAACCAUCUCCCCCAGAAGAUAAAAUGUUUUUCUUGGAUCCAUCUGAUCUUGAUGUGGAAAGAGACGAAGAAGCUGUUAAAACAAUCAGUCCAUCAACAAGCAAUAACAUUCCGCUGAUGAGGGUGGUCCAGUCCAUCAAGCACACAAAGAGGAAGAGCAGCACCAUGGUGAAGGAAGGGUGGAUGGUCCAUUACACCAGCAGGGACACCCUGAGAAAGAGGCAUUAUUGGAGACUGGACAGCAAAUGUCUUACACUGUUUCAAAACGAAUCUGGAUCAAAGUAUUAUAAGUUUUUUUCCCCAUAUAUCAUCCGUUUUACAGAAGAUUUGUCUACCAGUAUCUCUGUAUCUAAUUGUCAGAUCCAAGAGAAUGUGGACAUCAGUACCGUUUACCAAAUCUUUGCAGAUGAGGUGCUUGGUUCAGGCCAGUUUGGUAUUGUCUAUGGAGGAAAACACAGAAAGACUGGAAGGGAUGUGGCUAUUAAAGUAAUUGAUAAGAUGAGAUUCCCCACAAAACAGGAAAGUCAGCUCCGUAAUGAAGUGGCUAUUUUACAGAAUUUGCACCAUCCUGGGAUUGUAAACCUGGAAUGUAUGUUCGAAACCCCGGAACGAGUCUUUGUAGUGAUGGAAAAGCUACAUGGAGAUAUGCUGGAAAUGAUUUUAUCUAGCGAGAAAAGUCGUCUUCCAGAACGAAUAACUAAAUUCAUGGUCACACAGAUACUUGUUGCUUUGAGGAAUCUACAUUUUAAGAAUAUUGUGCACUGUGAUUUAAAGCCAGAAAAUGUGCUGCUUGCAUCAGCAGAGCCAUUUCCUCAGGUGAAGCUGUGCGACUUCGGCUUCGCGCGCAUCAUUGGCGAGAAGUCGUUCAGGAGGUCGGUGGUAGGGACGCCGGCGUACUUGGCCCCUGAGGUGCUCCGGAGCAAAGGCUACAACCGCUCUCUAGACAUGUGGUCGGUGGGAGUUAUCGUCUAUGUGAGCCUCAGUGGCACAUUUCCUUUCAAUGAAGAUGAAGAUAUAAAUGACCAAAUCCAGAAUGCUGCAUUUAUGUACCCACCAAAUCCAUGGAGAGAAAUUUCUGGUGAAGCAAUUGAUUUGAUAAACAACCUACUUCAAGUGAAGAUGAGAAAACGUUACAGCGUAGACAAAUCUCUUAGUCAUCCCUGGCUGCAGGACUAUCAGACUUGGCUUGACCUUAGAGAAUUUGAAACUCGCAUUGGUGAACGUUACAUUACACAUGAAAGUGACGAUGCCCGAUGGGAAAUACAUGCAUACACACACAACCUUGUAUACCCAAAGCACUUCAUUAUGGCUCCCAAUCCAGAUGACAUGGAAGAAGAUCCUUAGUUACCAAUGAGCUAACUUCAAUAAGGAAGCAUUUCAUGUUAUGGACUGGCAUUUUGCUGCGUAACUGUUGUUCUUUGUAUGCUGUCAUCUGAAAGGAUGCAAAGAUAUGGAAAACAUAAGGAAUCAGUGACACCAAUACUGUAGUUCAUACUGAGGAGGUACAAGAGGGUAAACUGAGUCAUAAAAACACAUAAUGGAAUCCAAGACGAAGCUUUUCAUAAACUUCUACAACAUAAGCAAUAACUGGUUUUUGUAUUUUUUCCUUACCGUUCAUUUUAGUACAAUAGUAGCACUUAAUUUAUCUUCCCUUUCCUGUUCUUACAUUAUUUUUUUUUUUAAAGGAGAAAAAAGGCAAGCUAGAGUCCAGUUAUUGAAUAGCUUGAUCAAAUCAUACAAGAGUUAAAUAGCUUGAUCAAAUCAUCCAAGAGUUACACAGUUUAUAACUAAACAGAUUUGCAUUUAUGAGAUAACUGAGAGGCUACCAACAUGCCAUUUCCUAUAUUCUUUAAAAAUUUGUUUAACUGACCACAGAGGCACUGAGGGGUUUUUCCUAGAUGCCAGGAAAGGGAGUGCUGAAUGUGUUUACCCUUCUCUUUUAGGUCAGUUAAACUGCAAAACAAUAGUAUCACUCUAACUUCUUUGGGGUUGAAAUUCUGAAUAUGCUCUUUAGAACAUGAAAAGUUGUCACCUUUUGUUUGUAUGUCUCAACAGUCCCUAAGAUUAUUUGGGACAACUGAUACACAAAACCAGGAGUAGGAACUGCUGGUCCAAGUGCUGAGUUGUUACAUACAUCUUCCUAUAGUUCAACUCUGCUGCAUACAUUCCCAUUGAUGCUGUUGUGAUGCCACAAUUAGAUUCCAACAUUUAAUGGGUACAGAUCUGAACUCUAAUCACACAAUUUCUCUUUACAUGGGACUGUAUAAUUUGAGGAAUAAAAUUAAAUACACGCCAAAAGUAGGGAUAAUGCAGGGUCAGUUAAUGCUACAGGAAAGAAUAACAAUAUUCUUUUUUUCUUCCCUUAGCUUAGUAGAAGGCUUUACAGAUAUCUGGAAUGUUUUUAAAUCAAUUAUUUUAAGCAGUUUAGGGGAGUGGGUGGGGUGGAGCAUGAAACAAUUUAUAAAGAGUAGGGCUGUAUUAUCAGCUGAGCAAAUGAAAGAAUGAAAUAAGUAUUUUUAAAAACACUGCAGCUCCAGCAGCCAGCUAGAGACAGUUUUUGUACCCUAACAUCAUAUUUAAGAGGUUAGACUUUUUCAUAGCUUUUAAAAGUUACUAAUAGUUUCCCCCAAAAAGUUAAAGAUCUAGGUCCACUUCUAAAAAAUCUAGGGGCUUUGUGUUUCUUGAUUCCUAAAUAAUCACUGUAAAUGUUUUUUCCCCUCCAAAAAGAAAAAAAGAUGUGGAGCCCCAAAAAUCUGGCUCUGCUCUUUAACUAUGUUGACCUUGGCAGGUAACAACCUGACUGAGCUUUGAGCUCCUCAAUCUGUAAGAUAAAGAUUAUAAUUCUUGCUUCUGUCUUCCUCGAUGUUGUUGUGAAGAUCAGAUAUUUAUAAGCUAAAAGUUAUAAAAGCGUUAAGUAUCAUUGCCCAUGGAAUCUGAGAUAGCAGAAGAAAAGAAUGUUCUUGUGAACAGAAUGAGAGGGCCUUCAGAGAUCCCUGAAGCUAUUCCCUUGUGUAGGGCUAAAAACACCCCUGAGAGAAUGAAAGCAAACACCAGUGCUCCUCUGUUCUGAGCUCUUUACAUGUUUUUCCCUCACAGUAGACAUAGGUAAGUCAUUACAAACUUUGUCUCACAGAUAAGGACAAUGAGGCACAGGAAAAUUAACUAGCUGCCUUAAGGUCACACAGUUAGGAUGUGGGUUUGAAUCCAGGCAGUGUGUCUCCACAGAGUCGUCCUUACUGCUAACCAUUCUGCUAUACUGCCUACCGUUAGAUAUUCCCAGAAGACAUUCCACAGUGUCUCUCAGUAUUUGAUUCUCAUACAGGAAUUUUAAAAACUAAAAGCAAAUUAAUUAUGCAGAACCUUUGGGAAAUGUAUUUUCCCUGUGAUGGGGGUAACUUCCCCUAGUUUCUCUAAGUCUGUUUAUACAAUCAGUGUGCUCAAAUGAAGUAAUUUCUGAGUCACUAGGUACCCUAUUGUGGUUUUACUACAUAAGAUAAAAAUUAACUGGAAUGCUGUUUGCUAUACUUACAUAAAAACUUUACAAGCCAUAAAAUUAAUUGCACUCUUUGUUUUUGUUAUUGAGAAGUUUUCUUAGAAAAAAUUGUAAAGGCACUGUCAGAUAAUUUGGAAUUGAGUAAUUUUCUCCAGUUACUGUAUAACCUACAUAACCUUUUUUGUCUUGAAGUCAUCAUGUUUGUAUAAGAAAUAAUUGUUAGAAACAUUUGAUAAUGUAUACAAAGUCUAUAAUGACACUGUUUAGUACAUUUUUAAUUAUAUCCCACUUUUUGUAAAUAUCCUCAAAGAAGUUUGAUAAUAAAAUUUAUUUCCAUAUCACUGUACUUUUCCAUGUGAAAACCUGAGCUAGUAGAGGUAUCCAAAUAAAAUUGUAUUUGGUUGUGUUAUUUUCCCAGGCUUUGGUAAGAGAACUGUUUUGGAAAUAGUAUUUGUAAAUGAAACUAAUGCUAUAUUUAAGAACACAGAUUUUUUUUUAUCUGACUAAAAUAAAAAACAACUCAUUAUUACAAUUUCAUACAAAA